CCAGACUCGACGCCAGACCAGUCCCUCUUUCCUUCUCCUCUCUUCUCCUCCCCAAGUAAAGAUGCUCUCGACCAUUGAAUGAGCAACAUACAUACCAAACAUUCUUUGAUGUAUUGUUUGCGUAUUGAUCAUCACUCGUUAUAUUGUAUCUUCACAUAUUCAUUAGUUGCUGGCAACGAUUUCCUGCGAAACUUGAGUGGUUGAGGGCGUUGCAGGAAGUGUAUGAUUGAGGCAUUACUCUCCUCACACGAAUACAUGGUUCGCAAUGGGUUGCUGUGCCUCAACCCCCUCGAAUGCCUCUCCAUAUCCCCAGCAGGCCAAUUCUUCCUCUCGCGCUAUAACGUCCUCACAACCACAGUCCCAAGCUGCGCUUCCGAGACCCUCAACCAAUGCUUCAAAUCAUAGCCAUAGACCGCAUCCUCAGCGGGCACGAGACUUGACAUCACAUCCCAGCCAGCCCCUCAAACUGCAUACAUGGACCAGCAAGAACAAAACCUGGACUCCGCAGGAUCUCGAUCGGGAACGCACCGAGUUCUUUGAUACUCGUGUGACUGGGCGAGCGGAGAUAUGGCAAGCUUUGAAAGCAACUCUGGAGGUACUUUGGAAUGGUGGCGAUCCUGGGGACAAUGAUGGGGGUUUGGCAACUGCGCAGAUGAUAUUAGACGCCGCUGGGAUAACCAUACCUUCUGGAGAUCUGGCCGGAGGUGUUUAUGAUGCCUUUGGGAAUCACUACAGUUUACCGGAACAUAUUGUAGCAAACCCAGCGAACCUGACAGUGGCGCCACCAGCCGACGAUGAUGACGACAAGACUGGUGAUGAGGGGAGCGAGAUAGCGGACGAAGAAACAAUUAUUAGGCGAAGAGAGGAGAAAGGGAAGGGAGUCUUGAAUGAGGCAGACCUGGUAGAGAUUCGAGCGAAACUGAGUGAUCGGGAAUCACAACCUCUCAGGAUCAUAAUUUCUAAGCAGGACUCGGUAAGGCUUGUGAUGCAGAAAUUGUUUGACGCGUCUGAUCUUCAAUCACCGCGUUAUAUCAAGAUUGCCUACAUGGGCAAGAUUCUGAAAGAAGGACAGACAUUGCAAGCCCAGGGGUGGAAAGAGGGGCAUGUUGUCAACGCAUUGGUAUUCGGUGGUACUUGAUGUUGUACAUACUAGGGUAACUCCUCAGUGAAACCCCUGGAGCAAGGUCAGGAAGUGUGCAUUUUCGGUUCUUGGGGGAAUUGGCUAUACCCAGGCGUUCCACGGAUUCUUAAGGUCUAUGCAAAGGCUUCAGUCGAGCAUACUUAGCGUGCUUGCAUACAUAGUCUCUCAAUGUUUAAUACUCUCAUAGCAGUUGGUUCGUUAACCACUGCUUCUAUCAUGCAUAAUUCUGAAG